AUGGAAGGCACUCUGCGUCGCGACCCAUUCCGCUGGGGCGUGGAUGAUGUCGCCGAAGAGCUGUCCAAGUUGGCGCGCCCGUGUACGCGUGAUCCAGCCGCCCUCAAGGACACAGUCAAAGAGCAAGAAAUCGACGGCAACACCCUCUUGACGUUUGAGUUCGUCUGUUCCAGACAGGAAUUGUUCGAGUGCUUGGGUAUCAAGCUCGGUGGACACAAAGCCGCCCUGGGUUUCGCAAUUCACAGACUACGAUCUCAGAGCCCCGAGUUUCAGGCAUGGAAACGGGAAUUCAGCAGACAGGACGACCAGGGCCUGGCCUCCGAAGACGAUGGCGCCAUGGCCAACGGAGAGCAUGUGUCAACACCCGCGAAGCAGCCUGCCACGGCUGUAAAUGAUGCACUUGAGAAUCGACCGUCUCUCCCAACCGCCUCGCACUCGCCUGGCGCGGAUAACAACAGCAUGUCGUGGCCGGCUGUACCUGGCCCGGAAGACCCUGACGCCAAGAAGGCACCGAAGCGCAGCCGAGUGGCGCCCACGCUUCUCGCGAGCAUGCCAGUCAACUUGGAGCCACUUCCCAUCGCAACAGAAGCGGACCUUGUCGGUGAGAGUGCCGCCGUGGAUGAGCAGGAGACCGAUUCAAGCGAAUAUCCGUGGGAGACGUUCGCCCCGGGGGCCUACCUGGGCCAAAGCUCUCUACCGGUAUCUGCACUCAUGUCAUACGGCAGAGCUAUGACGUCUCAGGUUCACUCCGUGGACGAAAGAACCUUCACCACUGGCUUCCCAGUUGUGUUGCCGCCCGGUGUGAGAGUCGUUGCUGCCCGAAUGAUGAAACGAUUACUGGUUAAAAACGGCCGCGUGGAAGCCCUUGUUCACCAAGGUAUCUUCUUGGAGACGUCACAGACUCCGUCAGAGGACGGCGAAAGCGUUGUCGAUCUACUCGAUCUGCCGGAAUCGCUUGACGAGGAGACUCUCCGGGAAAUUGAGGCCGAGGAGGCUGAGGCAGCAGCAGCGAAAGCCAGCAGCCAGCAUCUUGAUCGAGACACAGUCGAGACCACUCUUCGAGAGGCCAUGGAUCGCUUCAAACAAAGCUGGAAUGAGGUGAAACUACCCCGGUAUGCGCGCCGCGCUCAUCAAAUCUGGACAAAGUCCAGGGCGAAAGGGACCUGGCAUCAAGACAUCAUCGGAGCUCGCCAGCGUGCCAAGGCUUUCGAGGAUCGCCUCAGAAAGCUAGCUGCGGAGAUUUUGGACCAGACCUGGUCCAAACCAGCAGAAGUUCGGCAGCAGGCCUGGUGCUUGGAACAGACAUUGGCCGACAGGCUGUACUGCCAAUGGCUGGCAGAUACUUUGGAGUCACGCGUCGAGCCUCCAAAGUUUGCUGCCCGAGCACCUGCAGAGCGGCAGGUGCAGCCGGUCGAUCUGCCCCAGAGUCGCCUAGACAGCGAAAUCCUUACAAGUUCGGACGAGGACGACUUUAUUGUGCCGGAUGGCCCAGACGACCCCGUGGACGACAACCAGAAUCCCGUGAGUGCCGACGCUGUUCCCUAUGCGUACCAAACACCGGUCAAGGCCGAAACACCGACUUUAUUCGUGGAUCUGACCCAGCUCGAGACGCCUGAAAAGUCACCCAGCCGUGACCGGACUGGCUCUGUCAUCGACUUGACAACGCCCGCAAAACCCAGGUCGCCGAGUGAAACAGCCCGCUCGCCAGUCGUUCCUCAUGUUUCACCAACCGCGUCCGAAUCAGAGUUUGAUGUGGAAGAGAUUGGGAAGCAUAACCCCAGCUUUUGGUCCAAAGAGAGCGACCGCAAGAGGCUCAUCAUUUGCAUACUCUGGAGAUUGGGACAUGGCCGCCGUUCCUUGAUCUUCGAAGCAGUUCGUCUUUAUAACUGCUACGACUUCAUCACGGCUAUCAUUGCUCCAGCACUGGCUUUCACCAGCAACGACGACGGCGAUGCGACGUCUCCAAAGCCUCUGCGCACCGACACCCCGGACGAGACUUGUCGUUUUGAUGCCACCCGACUAUUUCUCAGCUACAUGAAAGCCAAACAUUGCAAGGAAAAGAGAAUUAGCGAGUUGUUUCGAUAUAAGCAGGACCGAGCUCUGCUGGCUAACCAGGUCGCGAUCUCGGAGAAACGCAAUGGCCAAGACGACUCCGAUAUGGCGACAUUCCAUGCCUUUCUUGGCCGUGUGGAGCCCUUGUUUCCCCUGGAAAGUCAGAUUGUUAGACUGGGAUACUCUGACGACGACUUGGGGGUCUUGACCGACGCCGAAGACGACCUGUUAGCAUCGCCUGAUACACCAUCCAAGCCUCGCAGAAAAGCGCCCAAGGAGUUGGUGCAGAACAAAGAGGGCGUUGACAUGCGCUUGCGCGAGAAACGCCGUGUCGAGGAGCAGGACGCCCGUCGCCGCAAGCUACGAGCUGCCCUAGGGGUGACCGAUAUGCCUUCAGACAGGUCGAGGCUUAUCAUCAACGAAGCUAAGCAGGAUGACGAGGCGUUUCUUUACAUCAACGACGAGACGGCGAAGCGUAUCAAAGAUCAUCAGAUUGAAGGUGUCCGGUUCAUGUGGAACCAAAUCAUCCUUCAAGAGGAUAGUCAGCGGCAGGGCUGUCUCCUUGCACAUACCAUGGGCCUGGGCAAGACGAUGCAAGUCAUCACCUUUCUCGUUGCCGUUCAGGAAGCUGCACGGUCCCCAGAUCCUUCCGCGAGAGAGCAGGUACCGAGAGAUCUACGGAAAUCCAAAACCCUGGUGCUGUGUCCGGCCGGCUUGGUGGACAACUGGAUCGACGAGCUGCUCCAGUGGACUUCAGGGGAUGUGCUCGGUCCCAUCCGCCACGUCGCGGCAUUAUUGAAUGCAGGCGAACGCCUCGGAACCGUUGCCGCCUGGGCUCAGGAGGGUGGCGUUCUGGUCGUUGGCUACAACAUGUUACAACGCUUGAUCGCCGCAAACGAGACCACGAAAGCAGCGUUGCUGGAGAGUCCGAACAUUGUCGUCGCCGACGAAGCCCACUACCUCAAAAAUAAGGAGAUCAAGCUGCAUGCAAUCUGCGAGCGGUUCAAGACUAAGUGUCGUAUCGCUCUGACUGGCACGCCGCUCGCGAACAAUGUCGAAGAGUAUUACAGCAUGGUUAACUGGAUUGCUCCGGGUUAUCUGGGCACGCCCGACGAGUUCCGUCAGAGAUUCGCGAACCCCAUCCAUGAUGGCUUGUGGGGGGACAGUCUGCCUUGGCAAAAGCGCAAAGCUCUAAAGCGCCUUCAAGAGCUCAAGGAGACUGUUGCCCCCAAGGUUCACCGCGCGACGAUUCAAUCCUUGAGGAGGGACCUGCCGCCCAAGAAAGAGUUUGUGCUCUGCAUCCCAGCCACCAAAUUACAGAAGAAACUCUACGACACCUACGUGACGGAGGUCCGCAAGAGCGAGAUUUCGCAAGCCACAGUCUUCAAGAUCGUCAACGACCUCAUGUUGCUCUGCAACCACCCACGGUGCUUUGUGCAGAAGGCCCUGAACCAGAAGAGAGGUGGCGCGGAGGAGCGUGACAAGUCCAGUGCGGAAGGUCAGCACAAAUCUGAGAAAGAGUCCAAGCUCCCGACAAGCGUCGUCACAGCCACACUUAAGGAGAUGAAUGCGUAUCCUGACAAGGAUGCUGUCGGCCUGUCGAUGAAAGCGGAACUUCUGUGUCUGAUACUUGACGAAGCCAAGCGCGUCGGGGAUAAGGUGCUUGUUUUCUCGCAGUCCGUGCCGACUCUGGACUACCUGAUGUACAUUCUUCGUGGGCAACAGCGGCGAGUCAGCCGCCUGGACGGAUCCACGAACAUUGCAAAGCGCCAGGAGAUGGUCAAAGAGUUCAACACCGGCAACCAAGAGGUUUAUCUCAUCUCUACUGCCGCAGGUGGUGUGGGCCUGAACAUCCACGGGGCCAACCGUGUCGUCAUCUUCGACUACAAGUGGAAUCCAGUACAGGAGCAGCAAGCCAUCGGGCGCGCAUUCCGUAUCGGACAGACCAAGAACGUUUUUGUUUACCGAUUCAUGGUCGCGGGUUCAUUUGAAGAGGACCUGCAGAACAAGGCUGUCUUCAAGACGCAGCUGGCCUCACGGGUCGUGGAUAAGAAGAACCCCAUCAGCUGGUCAAAUCGGCUGGGAAGCCUGGUGCACCCGCUCCAUCAUGUGCAACCAAAGAACUUGUCCGAUUUCGUGGGCAAAGACGUCAUAUUGGACAAGCUCAUUAGCUACAAGUCCGAUGGGGAUAAGGCGCCAAUUCGGUUCAUUGUCUCGACCGAUACAUUUGAGGAAGAGGACCCGACGAACAACCUGACGGCCGAAGAGCUUCAAGAAGUCGACCGGAUGGUGAAAAUGAACCGGCUUCGCCUCACGGACCCCAAGGAGUAUGAGAGACUACAGGAGGAGCAGAGAAGGGCAGAGUUUCGGCGGCAGACGCUUGCCGUGCCCUACCUGCAUCUCGAUGGCCCCGCCCAGCUGAUGCCUGCACUGGCACCACCAGCGAGCACUUCCCAAUCCACCACGAACCGUCCCUCGCACGCACCGGAGGUCCAGGCCGCACCGCAAACGCCUGUAAGAACCGUGAGCACGUUGCCUGCCAUUUUCAGCCCACCGAAACAGAGCCGGGCCCGAGCGGCUUUCGAGCAGACGCUACGUACGGCGCUUGGGCAGCUGCAAAAGGCGCAAUUCCCAUGCGUGGUUGGUGAGGUGGAUGGGACCGUCAAGAAGGUGGCAACUGGCAUCGACAAACAUCUCAAAGCGGACGGCCUCGGGUUCCUCAAAGAGGACCAGCGCUGGCGACUUCUUGAUCACCUGGUUCAAAGCCACCACCGAUUCGCACUUGCGAUCGUGUCGGGAUGCUUCUCGCUACAGUACGUCGCUCUGGCCGCGGCGGAAGACAUGCAGCUCCGGCUGGACGGCCUGAAUGGUUUGUCGGAUGGCGACUUGGAAGGCCAGCUGGCAGCAAGACCCGUUGCCGACCCCCGAAACCUGCAGAACUUGCAACGCUCCAGUUCGGUGUCUGGCGCCCAAUUGCAAAGUCCUCGGGCGAGAGAGGACCUCGACGUGAUGCGCGAAGCUGCAGCUAGGAGGCAGCAACGGCAACAAGGGGUCCAGCAUCGCGGUUCGGACGCUUGA